CCAGGCUGUUAGCUAUGUCGCCAAUACCUUUCGGUGAUGUUGUCGGGAUGGAAGAUCACAUGGAAGUUCUCAACCCUCUCUUGGGCAUGGACUCCAAGGAUGAUGAUGAUCCUCGUAUCAUAGGAAUCGUAGGAACAGGAGGCAUUGGCAAAACCACCAUAGCAAAGUAUCUCUACGAAAAGCACAAACUUGGAUUUUCACCUCAUCGUCGUUAUUUCAUGGAAAACGUUUCGAAGCUCUGUAGAGAACAUGGUCCUUUACAUCUACAAACUCAACUUCUUUCCAACAUCUUGCAUGAAAAGAAUGUGAUGCUGGAAAGCAUUGAACACGGAAGACAACAACUUGAGUGCAGGCUUAGAAACUUCAAAGUGUUUCUAGUCUUUGAUGACGUUGAUGAUGUGAGACAGCUGGAUGCCCUGGCAAAAGAGGUUAAAUGGUUUGGACCAGGGAGUCGAGUUAUCAUAACCACGCGGUAUAAGAGGCUGCUUAACUCCUGUCAAGUGUACGACGUCAAGUAUUUGGAUGAUGAUCAAGCAAUCCAACUCUUCCAGCGGAUUGCUUUUAAAGAAGGAAAACCUCCUUCUCCUGUCUACUCAGAUUUUUCAAGUCGUGUUUUGAAGCUUGCUCAAGGUCUUCCUUCAGCCCUCGAGGCUUUGGCCACUUCAUUCCGAGGGAAGUCCGAAGUGGAGUGGCCUCAGGCUUUAGAUUCCUUUAGAAAGGCUCCUUACGAUAAUUUUUCAAGAAUCGUAAAUGUUAGCUAUGAGAGCUUGGACCAAGUUAGUAAGACUGCUUUUCUUCAUGUCGCAUGCCUUUUCAAUGGAGAACUUGUCUCGCGUGUUAAGACCCUUCUUCACCGUGGUGAAUUUGGGAUAAGGGCUCUGGCGGAAAAGUCUCUCAUCGAUGUAUCUGCUAAUGGCCGUAUAGAUAUGCACUAUUUGCUGGAGGAAAGGGGAAGACGUAUAGUGUAUCUCGAAUCAGGCAACAACCUUGCUCUAGAAUCAAUCUUGUGGGACUGGUACGACAUAAAUCUACUUGCAGACAAUGAAGGUGCAACCAGAACUGAAGGAAUCAUGCUAGAUGUUUCUAAAUUGCCUUACAAUAUUCAUAUCGACUUGAAAGUUUUCAAGCAGACGGAGAAUCUCAAAUUUCUGAAUAUCUACAACUACAGGCCUUAUGAAGAAUUGAAUUUGAUUUCAAUGAAAGAGAACAAUCCAAACAGAAUUUUACUACCUAAUAAACUUAGAUUACUACAGUGGGAUGCGUAUCCUUUUACAACCUUGCCUUCCAGUAUCAUUACAGAUUGUCUUGUAGAAAUACUUCUGUGCCACAGCAACCUCACAACUCUUUGGAGUGGAAGCUCCCCGAGACUUUCUCAUCUGAAAAGGCUGAAUCUUACGGGAUCUAUGGUUCUAAAAGAACUUCCAGAUCUUCAGGAAGCAGUGUAUCUAGAGGAGUUGAUGCUGGAAGGUUGCAUUUCCCUGACAAGGAUUCCAGAGUCCAUUUGCAGCCUACCUAGGCUACAGACACUUGAUCUAUCCAACUGCGAUGGGCUAAAGAAUCUAGUGAUCAUAAUAGAAGAAUCUGAAGCUACUUCCUUUGAAGGCAGAAGCUUGCACGUUAGAUCGGUCCACGUGGAUUUUCUUGAUGCAGAACCGUUAGCAAAAGAGUCUGGAGACAUUUCUCUUACAAAUCUAUCAAUCAAGGGAAACUUAAAAAUUGAGUUGAAGGUUAUUGGAGGAUAUGCACAGCAUCUUUUGUUUGUUUCUGAGCAACAAAUCCCUCAUGAACUGAUGAUGUUGGAGCAGCAAACAGCUAUGCCUAUGCUCAUGUCACCUCCCUACAAUUUUAAAUUGCUUCACAUCGUGCAGUAUAACUACAGUGAGCAAAGGGAUCAUUUCAAGUGUUACAGCUUUUCAUACUUCCCCUGGUUGAUGGAGUUAAGCCUAAUCAACAUAAACAUCGAAGAAAUACCAGAUGACAUUCACCACAUGCGAAACCUAGAGAAGUUGAACUUAAGUGGAAACUACUUCAGGGGUUUACCUCCAUCAAUGAUUCACCUUACCAAGUUAAAACACCUGAGGCUUUGUAACUGCCGCAGACUUGAAGCUUUGCCGAAAAUAUAUCAGCUGGAGACUCUCACACUUUCUGAUUGUACCAACCUCCACACAUUGGUUAGCCUUCCUCAUGCAGAAAAAGACCAGGUCGGAUACAGUUUGCUUGAGCUUCGGCUUGACAACUGCAGAAAUGUUGAGUCAUUGUCAGAUCAGCUUGGUCUUUUUACAAAGUUGACAUAUUUAGAUAUCAGUCGACACGAUUUUGAAACAGUUCCUACAAGCAUCAAAGACCUCUCCUCGCUGAUAACUCUCUGCCUCAACUAUUGCAAGAAACUGAAAUCACUGUCAGAGCUUCCCUUGAGCAUCAAGCACCUAUAUUCACAUGGCUGCAACUCCUUGGAAACUUUUUCCCUUUCAGUUGAUCAUUCUGCUGAUGACCUUGAUCUCAGCCCUUGCUUCCAACUGAAGCAGUCUUCAAGUCAAUUCACUCGUUUUCCAUCUGGAAGACGUAGUGAAGAGGUACCAUUAUGUUCUUGCAUCCAGAAACCUAAGAUAUUGGAUACGCGUGAUCAAGGGCUGACUGUCAGAUUAAUCUCCACAAGGCGUUUUAGCUCCAGAACCUUGAAACUAAUGGCGUUUGCUCUGUGUAUGGGUGUCUUCAUAUUAUGUAGACGAUGGGCAAUAGCUAGCUGCAGUCAAAUCCACUAGCUGAAUGAAGAAGUUCAAUGAUACUUUCAUUACUGUCAAAACUGUUUAAUAAAACCUGCAAUUAAUGCUUCUUCCCACACCUCAGAAGCAGCUUGUCCUUCCACGGAGAAAUAAGGCAUGGGAUUAAAUGGCAGAAGGAAGACCGUGAGCAAGCCGAGUAGCUCGGACUGAGAGUUGUCCAAAACCAUCACAAGAAGUACGUCCUCUUCCUCCUCCUUCAAAAGAAAUCUGUUUAGACAUCUGGAGAGGCAUCUUUAUCAUUCAAGCACUUAACUUCAUAAACGUUUUCUACUCCACAGGUGUUGAGCAAGCACUUAAAACGAUAUACACAACAAGAGCUGUUAAAAUGAAGGAAAGAAGCUCCAGAUGUUGUAAGAGUGUGCUAAAAUUACAUAUGUAAUUUGCGAUUUAGUCUGUACGCUUGGUGCUGAGCAAGUUUUUUUUUGUUCA